CUGCUUUGUUGUGCGUAAUGGCGGCCGCCUUUUGAGAAAAACACGAAAUCUGUGAACGCGUGCCACAAUGAUAUUUGCUUAGAAGCGACGAAGACAAUUUUAAAUUCAAUGUCGGACACUGAGAAAAGUGAGAAAAGUGAUUCUACGGACAACAGAGACAGAAGUGCUGUGAACAUAACAUUUGACAAAACCGGAUGGAUUUAUAAAUUGUCAAGAAUUGAAUUACAAAAAUACUUGAUUGAGUUUAAAAUCAAAUUUGAUGAAAAGCAAACCGUCGACGAAUUUCGGCAAUUAUUAGUCAAAUAUUGCAAAAACAAACAAAAUAUAAACGUGAGCAAAACCAAAAUGUCACACACAACUCAUUUAAAUCUACAACUACAACCCUUUGAUGGCACUAAAUGGGAAUGUUUUGAACAACAAUUAGAAUGCUGUAUUGCAUUAAACGACGUGCCAGAGGAGAAAAAAGUGCCUCUGUUGUUAACAAAAAUAACACCACAGGUUUUCGAAAUUUUGACGUCUCUGUGUAGCACCAAAAAACCAGCAAGUCACUCUUAUUCGGAGCUUACUACGAUUUUAAAAAACAAAUACGUACAAAAAAAGUCCAUUGUUUUGGAACGUGCGACGUUCCGUAAUCGGAAUCAGCUCCCAAAUGAAAAAAUAGAGGAUUAUAUGACAGAACUUCGGAAGCUAGCUAGCAAAUGUCAAUUUAAGGACUCCGAGGAUCAAUUAAAAGAAAAAUUCAUUGACGGUGUGCACUCCAAACUUAUUAAAUUUGAAUUACUAAAGGCGGAUACAAAUCAGACAUUAGAAGAUUACAUUACUUUGGCAAGAACUGUAGAAGCAGCAUUAAAAGAAACAGGCCAGAAGGCAGAAGUGGAAGCUAGCGUUUACUAUCAGCAAACAAACAAAAACAAGGCAUUCAAAGGACUACAAACAAGAAGGAAACCAAGCGUGAAUAAAGGUACUAGGUGUUUCUGCUGCGGGGGUGAUAAUCACCUGCGUUCAGAGUGUACGCUGCGCCAAAAAUACUGUUCGGAAUGCGGACAGCAAGGACACAUUUUUAAGGUCUGCCCCAAGAAGAAAAGUUUCAAAAUUAACAGUAUAGAGAAAGAGGAAACCGAGGAAGCAUCUGAAACCUUAAAAGUGGAUGAGUACCAAAUGUACUAUGUAAAUGUAAGUAAAGUGCCUCCUCAUAUGCUAAGUCUUAAUGUUGAGGGUUGUAUGGUCGAAUUUCAGCUUGACACAGGAUCUGAUGUUACCGUUAUUCCAUUGAAACAGCAACAAAUGUUAUUACCUCAUAAGGAUAUAAAAAAUUGUAAUGUUUUAUUUAAAAAUUUUGAUCAAAAGAUAUCACAACCGUUAGGAAUAUUAGAUAACUUGACAGUAACAUUGAAUGAUGUAACUAAACAAUUAAAUAGUUUUGUUACUGAGAACACACCAUGUAUUAUUGGGAGAGACUGGUUAAAGGAGUUUGGAUUAUGGCCGCCCAAAUUUGUAAUGUCAAAUGAAACAAAUACAGUAAAUAAAAAAUUUCACAAUGUUUCAGAAGCCAGAGCUACAAUAAAGAAAAGGUUCGCAGAAGUAUUUAGUGAAGGAUGGGGCAAUGUCAAAGGUGAAACCAUCAGCCUCAAAUUAAAAAAAGAUGCCAAACCAAAGAACCUGCCGGUACGCCGAGUUCCAUUUGCACUCCAAGACAAGAGGACGGGAGCCGGUGCGGGAGCCGCGCCGUGCGGCAUGGAGGCCGGCGUCGCGGCCGCGCCCGCCCGCCGCGCGCCGCCGCCCGAGCGCUCCCCGGCUCGCUCCGGCCUGCACGUCAACUUCAGCGACAAGGGCGAGGUGAAAGAGCGGCGUGAGAAGUUCCUGACGGCCAAAUAUGGCUCCCACCAGAUGGCGCUGAUCCGUAAGCGGCUCGCCGUCGAGAUGUGGCUCUACGACGAGCUGCAGAAGCUCUAUGAUGUGCCGAAGGAGGCAGCAGCGGCGGCGGGCGCCGCGGAGGUGGAGGUGGACGUGGACGAGCUCCUCGACAUGGACUCGGACGAGCUGCGGCGCGCGCACCUCGCGACGCUACUAGCGGAUGCCAAAAAGCCCCAAAAAGAUGUACAUAAUUUCAUCAACGAAUUGCUAGAUAAAGCGAAAACUCUGUAGGUUAAGAGAACGGAACCAAAUCUCAUCUCGCUGUCGCCGCGGCCGCUGCGGGCGGGCGGGGGCGGGGCGGGCGCGGGGGCGGGGGCGGGCGCGGGCGCGGCGGCGCGGCGCAGGCCCCGCAUAGUACCGUAGAUAUACUUACUAUACUUUUACUACGAGUAUAUUAGUUAGUCGUUAAGCAUUUUACUGUCGGCGCCGGCCCCGGCCCGGUACGCCGGACGCUAGUGCGAGCAGGGCACCACCGGUUACAUCGGUCUCAGUGUCCGGUUGACGCCGUAAGGGAAAACACCAAUAUUUCUUUGACGCCGUAGGCAAUGCUACAGUGCCGCACGUGAAACGGAACGAAAGUUCUAAAAUAUUCUGCAGCAUUCAAUAGUACACAUUGUAUUCCUAACUUUCGGAUGUGCAAAAGUACACACUGAUCCUUAAUGACAGCGUAUCUGAAAAGCAAACGUGCACUGAUAUCGGACUUUCGCGAUCGUCUGAAGGUAGAUUCGUAACAGUAAAAUUGAGCUAUCGCUUCGAAAAUAGCAAGUGCGUAAAAUAUUAAAAUGCUUCAGGUGCCACUUUUCCCCGCGUGAAAAAUAUAUAGUUACGCGCGUUCUCCCGAAGUACCUUUCGGACUGUGUAGACCGAUGUAACUCGCAGUGGUAGUACUACUAGUACUGUACAUGUACAGUAUUGAAUGACGAGCGCCCUCGGUGGAGGGGGCUCGUGCGACAUAUCAGCGGCCGCCCCGCCUCUCCUCUCCCGUACAAUACAAUUCAAAACGAUCGUGUAUGAUACUCAAUCUAGACGUCGCCAUCCACAUCCGCAAAUGAUUCUUAUCUCAAUUGGCUAAUUUGGGAAAUAAACAACUAAAACUAAAAAAUAGGGGUACAAGUUGUUCUUAUAUAUACUGUUUUUUUACUGUAUUCUUAUACUCUAGAUGUGCGGAGAUGCGUAGCGACUAGCGACGAGGGAUAGGUAAACGAAGUGAUUCUACCCAGGUAGCAAAAUGACGUAAAAUGACGUCAGCGACGUCAUAAUGAUGGCAUUAUUACGUCAUUAUGACGUCGCUGACGUCAUUUGACGUCAUUUUGCUACCUGGGUAUUGAUUGUUAAGCUUAACAAACACAUCCUCGCACAUCACUGGUGGAAACGCAGCCUUACUUAAGUCAUUUUAAGACCGCUAUGAUGUGAUGCGUGACAUUCAAAUACAUAAUAUAGGUGUUUAAAAUUAUCUGAGAAAAACUUUAUUGUUAAGACAAACACAGUAAGAACGUGUGCAGAUCAUAAUUAGCUCCGCUGACUGCACGUUUAAAUUAAACAAUAAAAUUUGUUGUUCAGACAAUUUAACCAAAUAGGCCAGUUGAGAUAAUAAAUAGGUAAUACUCAUAGAUAAUCUAAAUACGAGGGUCGACUAAGUAUACGUAAAUACCGUAUAAGUAGCAUUUAUCUGUCCGUUGUGUAACGAAAUUGGUGUGACACUGUCCUCUGUGAACCCGUAAUGUAACGAUAAAGCUAAUUUAAAUUAAAUAGUUUGGUCAGCAUGAUUUCAACAAAUGUUUGCUACAUUUUUGCAAGGCAAUGGCAUGAUUUAGAUACUUGUGUUGGUGAGCAAUAUUAUUUUUUCUACUCGUCGGCUGUAAUAGUUGAAUUAAGAUUUCAUAUACCAAACUACAAUUGCGUACCUUUCAUGUAUGGGCUCCCAACUCAACUAUAACAUUCAUUUCGAUACGCUGGAGUCAACUAUAUAAAAAUAUAGACAAUACUAAACGGGAAACAAUAGUCGCGCGUUGGUGUCUGUUGUACUAUAUUUUUGUAGUACCAGUUUUCAUUAGUUAUUUAGAUUUUAUAGUAAAAAAAGUAUUAUUUUAGUUUAGAAGACUCGUAGAAAAAGUAUUGUAUACAAUAGUGAUAUAAUCAAGCUUUUCAAUCUGGUACCUCGCUUAGGCAACUCAGCAAGCUUCGUUGCCUAAACACGGUACUCGACUGAAAAUCUCUCCAUUAUAUCACGAUUGUAUAAAAUACUAGUUUAUUUGUAUCAAUACAUAUCUUGAAAACUAUUUUUAACAAUCUUACGAUAUUUAUUUGAUAUGUUUUGUUUGUAGUAUGUGAUAUCAGUAAAUUACAUUACAAGUGCGUAUAAUAGGAAAUUCGUAACGAGUGGCGAUAAAUUAAAACACGACCGUUUUAAACCGACACGAGUUGCGAAUUACUAUCUUACAACGUUUUACGGUACAUAUGGCCCUUUAAAUUUUCGACAUAAUUACGUAAUGUGCUAAUUAUCGCACUAGUGCGGUAAAGUAGCACCAUAUGUAAGUACUGUAAAAAUAUUAAAAUGGUUUAAUCCUAGUUUGUCGAGCGAGGGAAACCAUAAUGUCUAUUUUCAAUUACGCUGCAAUUUUAAGUAUAACUAUUCGCUGGCCAAACUACCAAUCUUACUUUCUUAAUUGGGCGCCAAUUGAAAUAACAUAGCAAUAACAGGGUGCUUAGCCAACGUUUCAAUCGCUAACGCUCCGUAACGCUCCGUAGUCAUCACUCUCUACCACUUCCAUAUUAGUGCGACAGUGACAGUUGCGUUUCGUUCGCUACGGAGCGUUAGCGAUUGACACGUUGGCUACGCACCCAGGGGUCUCCAAAGUACGACACACCAGUGAGAGCCGAAAACCUGGCCCGCGACUGCGGUAGCAACCAUAAAAGCUCCGCGACUGCGGUAGCAACCAUAAAAGCUAAGUUUCGCCCCGCACUACUAUUACAAUAUCAAUAUGUACUACUUAAAGCAAUAUGGCCCUCGUGUCAAAAAGUUUGGAGAUCCCUGAACUAUGUAAUAGUUUUAAGGCGGGGCUGGCGCCUCGUGAUAAGCGCCCUCCAGACUAUGUGCGUGAUUCGCGGCGCGACUUCACGGAGCGAAAAUAUCGCGACGUUGACGUAUGACUCCACACACGCACAACUUCACGGCGAUUUCGCAGUUUGGUUUGCGGCAAGAUGGCGGAAAAGCAUCAGCUGAUUGAGUGUGUUAUUUAACUGUUAGUUAUCUAUCUAUCUUUACGUGAUUUACCUGUUUUUCCAUUUUGUUUUGUUGUAAACUCGUAAAAUAUACUUGCUUAAAAUAAAAUAAUUAAAAUUUAUCUUGCUACAGAGGAGCCAAUAAGCCAAUAAAAUAGUGUGUACACUGUACGGUAAUGUAGAGUCUUGGAAGUUCGCGCUUCGCGUCUCCUUUUACGCGGGCCGAAAAACCGACAAAAAACGGGGAACAAGGUGCGAAGGCGUGAACAAUCUGCGAAAUCGACGCCACACUCGCGUUCGCGGCUUCGCGCCCUGAUUCACGCACGAGUGUGGAGGGCCCCUAAUGUCUAGUGGUGUAGUGGCGAGCCGAGUUCUUGCUAUUGUGUCCUCGUAUUGUUAAUAUUUUGUAAAGGGUGGCGCGCGUCGCGGCCGGACCCCCCACAACCGGGGGCCAAAACUAGACGGGUGAGGCGUAUUAAACGAUCUGUGCGCGACCAGAGUUAUUGAUUGAAAAAAAAAGUGUGGUGAUCUAAUAAUAAAUAGUGCCUUCGAGUUUGACAACUAGAACUAGAUGGCGCUAAACGACGCGAUGUUUUUUGACUUUUGUAUCUAGUUACCGCAUAAUCUACAUCAGCUGUCAUAAUUCGAGGCACCAUUUUUUCUUAGUUUACACUCUUCUACAAUUAGUAACUCUUUGGCACGACUUUAUUGUUACAGCUUGGCAAACAAGAGUAGAAAAUAAUAGGGGCGCCACUGUCUGUAAAACGUCUUGCAUAUGGCAACUAUUGAGUCACUUUGACGUCUCUUUUGUAUGAAAAUAGAAAAUGUUGCCAUGAUAAAAAAAAUUAGUUCCAUUUCUACUCUUUUUUGCCAAGCUGUAAGAGUGGAAAUGCAUGUGAGGAUCAUUAUAAGCACAACGUUCGUUUAGCUAUAUCUGCUGUUGAUUGUACAAGUGUAUAGUCUCGACUGCUGGGCAUUUUUGUGCUCUGUACCUAGAAGCCUACCUUGUAGGGCCACCCCACACCCUACAUUAGCGUCUUUUGAGCGUCAUAUUCAGCGGUAUGGAAAGUUGCGCCAACGUUGCGUCAAGCAUCAGCCAUAGAGUUGACGAGACGCCGCCGCUCGCGAUGGGAUGUCACGUGUGGUAUGGUGACGGUGACAGGUGGGAGUCCUCACUAACUCACUAUCACUAUUCACUACGCUCGGGCAGCAGCGACUAGCGUCAGUAGCGACACAGCCCCGCCCGGCCGCGGCGCGCCCAACUGUCGCUGAUAGACUUAAUUUUGUAAUAAAUAGAUUUA